AUGUAUCGAGAAAACGUGGAUGAAAAUUUGAAAGGAGAAAUAAAGGCAUACAAUACGAGUAAACUGCGUCAUGCUAAAAUUGUUGAGAAAAAUAUACUGCCAACGUCUGUUGAUAUAGCUCGUGAAAAAGUACCUGCGCUAAUCGUAAAUUUCGAUACAGAAAAGCUCAAACACGUGGAUCCGAUUGUAAAAAUAGCAUUUCCAUCUGCUGAUGAUGUUAUUCGAGAGCAAGAGGAAUUGAAAACCGGAACAAAUGAUUGA